CACAGCACGCCAAGGCCCGCCUCUCUCGGGAAGGCCGCGCUUCGCCCCCCCAUUGGCUCUCUUCUGUCAGAGGCGGGGGCUGCCAGUGUCCCGGGCGUGGCUGGUGGGGUGGGUCGGAAGCGCCUUCUUGGUUCCCUCCAUCCUACCCUAGCGCGGCGCUGGGGCUCGCCAAGCUCCUCGGUGGCUUCAAACCCAGAGGUCCGCAUCCCCCUGCUGCCGCCCGGAUCGGGCCCCAGCUUUUUAGUGCCAAAAGAUGAGUCGAGGAUACUCAGAAAACAAUAACUUUCCAUAUGAUAAUAAUCAAAUGGUUUUGGACAUGAUCCUGUACUCUUUAAUCGGUGUCCCUCAGCCUAUCAACUGGGACAGUGUGGCAAGGCUGGUUCCAGGAUUUACAUCCAAAGAGUGUGCAAAAAGGUUUGAUGAACUGAAAAGCAGUGGAAGUUCACCUGUUGACAACCAGUACAAUCCAUUAAUGGCUACUGGUGGGAGUCCUGUUGAAACCCUAGCUACAUACAUCAAAUCCUCUCUGCUGGAUACACAGGGGGAGUUUCAAGAGCCUUCCAUCGGGCAGAAUUCAAUUUCCAUAACUGGAAGGUCCAGUGUUGCUUCCACAAGAAACUGUUCUUCAGAAGCUGAGAAACGUUCUGCACAUAAAGGUGGAGAAAAUGCUGAUGAAAGUCAAGGGCCAAAUAUGGUGAUCCACGUGUGUGACGAAGCAAAAAAUUUGAAGGAAGAUUUUGUUUGUCCUCGAGAUCUUUUGAUUUCUGAAAUGAAGUACUUUGCUGAAUAUCUGUCUGUGGAUGCCCAGCGCUGGGAAGAGGUGGACAUUUCAGUUCACUGUGACGUUCACAUCUUUGACUGGUUGAUAAGAUAUGUUAAAAGGAACACUAAGGAAUAUGAAGUGUAUGAAAUACCCGCUUUAGAACCAGGAAAUGUCAUUUCGAUUCUUAUUUCUUCUGAAUUUCUGAAGAUGGAUUCUUUAGUAGAAAAAUGUAUUCAUUAUUGCCACAAAAACAUGAGUGCUAUCAUAGCCACCCCAUGCAACAUGAACUGUGUCAGCGGUGACCUCCUUAAGCGUAUCGCUGAUCUUUUCACACAUAAUGAAGUGGACGAUGUGAAGGACAAAAAAGAUAAAUUUAAGAGUAAACUUUUCUGCAAGAAGAUUGAGAGACUGUUUGAUCCAGAGUACCAGAAUCUAGAUUCUCGGGGAAAUGCAGCAACAUUGUACAGAUGCUGUUUAUGUAAGAAGCUUUUAACUAAAGAAACAGAAAGAAGAGUCCCUUGUGUUCCAGGAAAAAUCAACAUAGAUCAACAUGGAAAUAUUAUUUAUGUUCAUAUAAGAGAUAAAACUUGGGAAGUCCAUGAAUACUUGAUCAGUCUUUAUGAGGAAUUAAAAUCUUGGCGAGAUGUGUACUGGCGCCUCUGGGGGAUUAUCAAUUGGCUGAGUUGUUCAAGAUGUAAUCAAUCUUUCCUAUGUACUGAAUUUUCUCACUGCCAGUACCAUGCACAGCCAGUUCUUUAUCCCGGUGUGGCAAGCGCAUUGGGUACAUCUGGCACUGGAAUAUAUCCCUGCUGUAACCAAAAAAUUCUUCGAUUUGAUCCUACUCCACUUCCAAAGGGCUGUAAAGUGCGGGAUCAUGUGAUCGGUUUACCGGCUGGAGGUGAAGGUGGGGAUACUCUGCCAUAUCAAACUACUAAAAUAUUGAAUGAUCUGCUUCAGCAUAGAGAUGUUGUUGUUGUACCUUUUUCUAAAGAUCAGAAUAGUGAUUCUGGGAUUGGGCUGUGUGAUGAGAGAGGGAUUGAAUGUGAUGUGCUGUUAGAACCAAAUACACCGUGGGGCCCAAAAACUGGAGAAAUCAAUGCUUUUCUUUCUCUGAAAAACUGGACUCUACAGCUGAAACAACAGUCAUUGCUAUCAGAAGAGGACGAGUAUACCACUGGCUCAGAGGUCACUGAGGAUGAAGUGGGGGAUGAAGAGGAAGUAUACAAGAAACCAGGGAGAAAAGAAAAGCCAAAGAAGUUAAUCAAACAUCCAAAGAAACAAGUUUCUUCACCUAGUGUUCAAAAAAAGGAGAAACCAAUGGAGAAGUCAAAUUCUCGAGAUGCAUCUCCAUUCAUUGUGAGUAUGCAGCAGAAUAAGUGGGAUGCUUCUAGAUCACUGAGAUUCAACCAAGAUGCUCAAAGAGAAGACGAUCAGCGAAGGAUGUGUGAGAUUACAGGGCACCUAAUAAAAAUGAGAUUGGGAGACCUGGACCGGGUCAAGUCAAAGGAAGGCAAAGAACAUGCAGGUGGCAUUUACUCUAGACUUGAAGCUCAGAUAAAGGCCUCAGCGCAAGUCAGUGCUCGACAAAAUAGCACAGAGAAAAACACAAGGUCUAAAUCUCGCUUUGGUCAAGGCCGUCCAACCUAAGGAACCUCAGGAAGAAACCAUAGCCAGAAUUCAUUGCUGCUUCCUGGAACUGUACUGUACUUCAAUACGGAGAAUGCAUUCUCCAAAAGCUUUUAAGUGACUUAUUUAUUAUUUAUUCCUGUAAGCCAUGUAAAUUAUUCUGCUAUGAUGAAUGAAUGCAAAAUCCAGAAAGCUCUAAUACUUAUUUUAAUUGUAAAUACAGUUUCUUAGAUUGCUUUUUUUGGCUAUUGUGUUAAGCUACAUAGAAAACAUUUUAUAAACCUGCAAAUUUAAAAUAUUUGAAAAUCCUUGCUUAUUGAAGAGUGGUGCUUAUAAACUACUCUAGACCAUCACUUUUAACUGCUAGACAUUUUAAAAUGAAGAAACUACUGAAUUAUGAGUGCAAUCAGCAAUGUUUAAAUGCAUCAUCUAGUAUUGUGAUUUGAACUGUACAUCUGGGGGUGAUCUUUAUCUUGCUUACACUGGUUUGACUGAUGUAACUUUAUUGAAGUCCAUGGAAUUACUUCUGAUUGACAAGGAUAUAAGUGCAAUCAGAAUCAGGCCCCUAGGCUUUCCUCCACAUGUCCACACAACUUCCAUUCAUGCUAAGGCAAGCAUCAAGGGGGAUUAGACCCCUAAAGAUCACGUGAAAUGAACCUACUGAAGGUAUGAUAACUUUGCAUCUUGCAUGAGGCAUUCAUUUUCUCAACUUUACUGCAUGGAAAAACAUGUUCAUUCUCAUUUUGGUCCUGACUCUUCUUCUGCAUCAUACAGUUCUUUGUUCCCUUUUGUUGUCUGAGCUUUAGAGGCAUAGUAAAGCAGUUUCUUCCUUUAGUAAUACCAGUGCCACUGUAUCUUUGCUAGCAGAGGUGGUGUAAAUUCUGUACCUUUUGAAAUGAAAGGCAAUCACUUUGAGGCAUCUUGCCUAUGUAGAUCUGGCCGGGAAGUAUGUUCCUAGACCUGUCUGAAUAAUCCUGUUUGGCAAUCCAAUGUUCUGAUAUGGUUCUACUGGAGCAGUAGGGUCCAUGUUUGUUUUAGUGCACAGUCCAGUAGUACCACAAUGGGACAACUUGCCUGGGAAAAAAUCGUGUUUAUUCAAAGGAAAUUGCAAUAAAGCAGUAUUUUGAAAACCACAUUCUAAUUUUUCUAAGCAGGCAAAAAGAGCACUCAGGGAAAACUUAUUCCAGACCAUAAUCAUUCAAUAAAAUGUGUGUUUGGAAAUAAGCUCAAGAUCUCUGGGGGAAAAAAAUCCUUCCUUAAAAUGUAUUCUCUAUUUGCAGGCCUGUAUUUGCCUUGUUUCUAGAAUUUUUCUAAUAAUUGAAAUUGGAAAUUAGGCAUGGUGGUGAUUGAGAGAGGGUGCAGGUUCAUUAAAAAUAAGUGUUAGCUCUGUUUACAUGUGUUCCUCCAAGUUAACAUCAAUCCAAACGUCAUUGAAACCAAUGAAAGGACUUCUGUGGACUUCAGUGACCUUUGGCUUGGGGUAUGAUUGGUAGGUGCAGCAGUGCUUUAUCUUACAUUCAUAAGAGACAUGGCUUUAUCAAAACCUAUUGUUUGUUUGCAAAAAAAAAAUCAGUUUUGUAUUUUAAAAGUUGUGUUUAUACUAAAUAUUAUUUUAAAAACUCAUUUUCUUAAAAAAUGGUUUACAAUUCACUAUGUGCAAAAAUAUUAGUUUUCUAGCUUGUAUAGAAGUCUGUCUAAAGCUGCACAUGUAAACUUUGCUAAGCAAGUUGCAAAUUGAACAAGGAGGAGUGUGAGUGUGUGUGUAAAAGAUUUUUUAAAACUGCUGACUUGAAAAAGGGAAAAAAAUUCUCUCCAGGAGGGGAAAGUCUAAUGAUUUGGUUUAUGUCAAAAUGUCAUUUUUACAUGCCAGUAUCCUUCAUAAUAUUCUAUUCAAAAUGUGCUUUUUUUCUUUUUUAUAAACAUAUGCCUGUAAUAUAUGUAGUGGAAGUGCAAUUCACAUUUUAUUAAGUAUUAGUAGUAGUUUCUUUGACAAAUUCCAUUCACUUUUAUCCUGUAUUAACUUUGAAGUCAUGUCUCAGUUUAACUGAAAUAAAUGUUACUGAUUUAAAAACAUUUUAUUUUUAGUUGACUUAUAAAGCCAAAUACAUUAUGUAGUGGGAAAUGUUAUUUUUGUUUCAGAUAAUAAUGAUUCUUGCAUGUCAUUGUCCCUUCCUCAAAAAUGUAUAGAUUCUUGAUCUCCCAUUGUUCUUUAAAGUAGCUGUCUAACUUUUCUUGAAGCAUUAUGUUACAGACUUAACAUAUAGUUGGGAUUAUGCUAUCCAAUAUGCAUUACUUUGCAUUUAUCAACAUUAAAUUUCAUCUGCCAUUUGGUUGCC